GGUGUCGCCACGUCGUCGGGUGGAUGUUCUGGGGUGAUGUCGAAGUGGAAGAGGAUCGUCUUGAAUAACGAUAAUAAUUAUACGAAUGACGAUUGCUUGUUUUUAUAUGAUAAAAGUAAUCAAUUAUUUAUCAACCGUAAAAUUUUAGAAGACUGUAAAUAUUUUAGUCUCAUUACAUUUCAAUGACGUUGACGUUAGGCUUAAGAUUUCGUAUCUUUUUAUCGUCUGAAACACUUUCGUCGAUAGUGGAAAAACCGAAAUGACAAAAUCAAAAGUUUUAGUUGGAAAUGCGUAGGAGGACUUUCGUCUUAAUAGUCUCACUAGCCUUGUUUUCAUGGGCAGCAGUUACAUACCAUCUUUUUCUGCAAAGACCACAAGGGAAGGCACAGAGAAGUAGUCAUUUGAGUCAACAGUUGGAACAUUUGGAAAAAGAAUUGCAAGAUCAGUUGAAAUCUAACAGAGAAUUACUGUUAAGUUUAAGGAAUCUUAAAACAAAAAUUUUUAAUGGUGGAAAGAACGAUAAUCAAAAUUUACAACAGAAUAUUACUAAUAUUAGACAGUCUGAAGAUUUAAAUCCAUAUCCUGUAAUUGGUGUGUUAGUUUUUGCUUGUAAUCGAAUAACUGUUAAGAGGAAUCUUGAUCAGCUUAUUAAAUUUAGACCUUCACCAAAACAGUUCCCAAUAGUUGUUAGCCAAGACUGUGGUCAUGAACCUACUACUAAGGCCAUACGUUCGUAUGGGGACCAGCUUACACUUAUUCAGCAACCAGACCAAAGUGACAUUCCAUUAACUGGAAAAGAGAAAAAAUUUAAAGGUUAUUAUAAGAUAGCUAGACAUUAUGGAUGGGCUUUGAAUAAAACUUUUCAUGAUAUCGGUUAUGAUACAAUAAUUAUUGUUGAAGAUGAUUUAGAUAUUGCUCCAGAUUUUUUUGAAUAUUUUUUGGCACUUCAUCCAAUUUUGAAAAGUGAUCAGACUUUAUGGUGUAUUUCUGCUUGGAAUGAUAAUGGCAAAGAUGGAAUGGUAGCUAAUGAACCUGCUUUGUUAUAUCGCUCAGAUUUUUUUCCUGGACUGGGAUGGAUGCUUACAAAAGACCUGUGGUCUGAAUUGCAGUCCAAAUGGCCCAAAGCUGGUCUUUUUUAUGAAAAGCAUCUGAAAUUUAUUAAAUUAAAUGAUAAAUUUGUGCCUUUUACAAAGAAGGAUCUCAGUUAUUUAAAAAAGGAUAACUAUGAUGUUGCAUUUGUUAAACAAAUCUAUGGUUCUCCUGCUGUGUCCCUUCAACAGCUUCAGAAAGGCUCCAUAGAUCAUUCUGGUCCUGUACGUGUAACAUAUGAUACUAAAGAAUUCUUCAAGAAAGCCAGUAAAGCUCUUGGUUUAAUGGAUGAUUUUAAAUCUGGAGUACCUCGAACGGGAUAUCGUGGUGUCGUCAGUUUUCUAUACAAAGGUAGACGUGUCUAUCUUGCACCACCUGCUGACUGGAAAGGUUAUGAUCCAUCAUGGAGCUAGCAGCCACUUUGACUAAACCUAGAUGAUUAUGCUCAAAAUGCAAUCAUGUGCAUUCAUGCUGCAUCAAUAUUGGUAUCUUCAGUGGAUGUUUAUAAUGUAAACAAGAGGUUGUGAGGGACCAGAUUUUAUUUGCAGCAAUUUGAGAAGAAUUAGUUGGUAAUUUAAAUAAACCAAUCUUAAAAGACUAUUUAUAAAAUGACACACUGUGGAACAGCUGAAAUGCAGUCUCUCCAUCAGAUUAUGGAAUAUCAGAUCGAGUUCAUUGCAGUUUAAGACUAAAAAUAAACUGUGUAUCAGCUUAGGCCCAUCGUGUGCACUGCCCAAAAUUAGGUUGAAAAAGCAUCAUUUUCAUUGUUAAAAUUCUGGAAAGUUAAACAUUUUAAUUACUUCAUGUACAAUAAAAAUAAAAUAAAUUGUACAUUAUAAUUUAGUCUUCUCUACACUGUGCCAAAAUAAAUUUUUAAUAUUAUA